AUGGAGGAGGAGCUGUCGAGGCAGGCCAUGGAGCUCCAGAGCUUUCGCGGCCGCGCAGAGGAGGCGCUAAAGUUGGAGCGCCAGGAGCUGAGCAAAGAGAAGCAGCGCCUUGCCAUGCAGUCCCAGGUCCUGGCAGACAAGCAGCAGAAUUUGAUGAGACUGGCAGAGAAUGCGUCUGGCCCCUCUCGCAAUGACAGCGAGGAACUCAUCGCGGCUGUCAACAAAGAGAAGGCAGCGCUCGUAAAAGAGCGUGAAAGGCUGCAAAAGCAAGCAGAGGCCAUACAAGCGGCUCGGCAGCAGCUCGCCAUGGGCAGGAACAGAGGCCAGGAGCUGGCCGAGCUUCGAGUGAAGGCACAAGCCUUGGAAGCAGAGGCUGAAGCUAUUCAGCGAGAGCGGGCCGCUUUGGAGAAGCAGCGGCGCCGAAUUCAAGCUGAAGCUGAGGACAUCGCAGAAGAACGCGAGAGCUUGGCAAAAGAAGCGAAAGCGCUUCACAAAGCCGUUAAUAGCGAUGCCAAGCCCAAAGUGGACAAGAAGCUGCUUUCAGCCUUACGUGCUGCCGAGAAGCAGCUCUCUCAACAAACAGAGGAGUUCCGAAACUUCAAGUCCCGCGUUGAGAACGAGGCGAAAUCGCUGGAGGAGCGCGCCUUGGCAAAAGCUGCCAAGCCGCUGCUGGCAGUGCUGGAUGACGUGCAGCGAGCACGACUGGCUGCAACGGCGAAAGGACUGUCUGCAGAGGGCACUGAUCAAAUAUUGCGACCGCUGCGGAAACGGCUGGUUGGAGUUCUCCAAUCGGAGUUCAACGUCAGACCACUGCCGAACGCAGUUGGCGAGGUGUUCAAUCCUGAAAUCCAUGAAGCAAUUUCCCUGCGGGAAGAAGAUGAGUAUGGCCCGGAUGUGGUGGUCGAGCAGCUGGAGGAGGGCUUUGAGUAUGGCGACUCGGGUGCAGUCCUCCGACCUGCCAAGGCGGGUGGCCGAUUUCCCCGGUGGCGAAGAUUUCCCGGAUGGGCGCAGGUGAUCGCGGAUGCUGCCUAUGGGCUGCCCACCCACUUCGCGGAGAGGCUCUCGGAGGCAUGGUACAGGGGCGGCGCCCUGACGGCGCUGCGGCCCCGGAGUCAGCCGCCCGCUGGCUGGGAGAUGGUCUUCUCCCGCAGCGUUGGCUUGUUCUACUACUGCCGAGUCGGGAGCACCCGCGCGCAGUGGCGAUACCCAGAAGCAGCUCCUGACGUGCAGCCAGACGUGCCCAAUCUGCUUGAGAACUUUGACAGGGGGAAGCCUCAUAGCGGCAGUGUGCCCUAUGUCGAGUUGGACUUCAGAGGUCACCCCUUGUGCUUGCUGUGCAAGGGUCGUGGCUUGGAGCACUUUGCCAGCGCUGGCCAUGCCGAAAACGUCAGGGUCUGGGGGGCCAUUCAUCACCGCUUGACUGACCUGGAGCGCGACCUGCGCGUGCAGUCAACGUUCUUGGAUUCCAGCCUGGUGAUGCUAUCGGCCAAGGAGAAUUCUGCCCUAGCACAGGUUUGGCUUUCCGAGAUUCGGCGCACAGCGCAGGACCUACAGGAAGACGAGACGAAGCCCAAGGCAGCUGCGUGUGCUUUCUGGCACUUGGCGCUUGGACCCUCAGCGCCCGCGACGCGGCUGGCGCACGUGCAGCAGGACUUGGAUCGAACCCUGACCCAUGCUGGCCUGCCCGAGCCGCGGUGGUCAACUAUGCAGUGGAAGCACCGACUGCCUGUCCAACCGGGAGAGGACUUUCCUUGGCCGCGCCCGUCCACCUUGAAGCUGUCCGAGACCACCCCACCGGAGGUCUUUGAUGCACUGAGCGGGCAGGCCCUCAAAGGCGAGGGGAUUGCUGCCCAGGCAGACGGCACUCUUUGGUGUGCUUACUGCGACCGAGCCGUGCCAGAGCUCAGCUCGCACUUGAAUCGCAAGUCGGUUGAGGCCCUGGAGCACGUUGAGUGUCGAGGUCAGGCGACCACAGUUGUAGCAAAACUGCGAGAGAGAGGCUGUCAAUUGCGCCGAGAGGGCAUUGUCAUUUCGAAAGGUCGCUUCCACUGCGGUCUUUGCAACACCUCCGGGGGCUGGCUGCGCAUCUUCCACCACUGCUCCAGCCACGCGCACCUCGCCGCGUACGGCAACUUUCAAAGGAACAACUCACCAGAAGCCAUUCAAGCAAAGCUCAACAGCGACAAGCACAAAGAGGCUGAAGAGAGUGCUUGGAAGGCUGCAUUUGAUGCCAUGAGCAAAAUAGCAUAG